AAGUAAUUAGAAAUUCUAGUUCCACUCCUAGCCAGCCUCCAUCCAGCUUUUAAAAGACUAGCAUGUACAAGAAGUCUUACAAGAGACAAAACAACUCGAAUCCCUUAAUUCUCUAAACAGAGAGAGCAAUGGCUUUCCUUAGGAUGCUCUUUCAAGUGACAUGCGUUGUUGUCAUGUUAUCAAAGAUGGCAGUAGCAGCUUCAUUAGCCAAGCCAAGCUGCCAGCACCGGUGUGGAGAUGUUGAGAUCCCUUAUCCAUUUGGUACAACUGAAAAUUGCUACCUUAAUCAUAAUUAUUUUAUCAAUUGCAGCAAUUCCAAACCACUGUUUCGAAAUUCGAUUGUCAACAACAUUGAUUUCAUCCAAGGCGAGCUUGAAAUCUUGGUGUUUAUAGCCUAUCAAUGUUACCAAAACUCGAGAGGUGUGCCUGGGCUUCAAAAUUCUCCCCAUCUCCGUUCCCAACAUUUCACAAUUUCCAACACCAAAAACAAGUUCGUGGCCAUCGGCUGUGACACUUUCGCAUUCCUCAGUGCUUUCCAGAACAAUGAACCUUUCUCCAUAGGCUGCACCUCUACUUGUCAAAGUCUUAGAAAUGUUUUUGACGGAUCUUGCUCUGGAAUUGGGUGUUGCCAGGUUCAGAUUCCGAAAGGAUUGAAGAACUAUACUUUGGAAGUACGUAGCUAUAAUAAUAAUACAAAAGUAAGGGACUUCAGUCCAUGCAGCUUUGCUUUGGUGGCUAAAGAAGACGAGUUCAAUUUCUCCUCUAGUUAUCUUAAAAGCCUACAAGAUAUCGAGACCUAUCCAAUGGUUCUUGAUUGGGCAAUCGGUAAUGAAACAUGUGAAACUGCUCGGAGCAAGCCGGAUUACGUUUGUGGACGGAACAGCUUAUGCUAUGAUCCCCAAAAUGGUGAUGGGUACCGUUGCAAGUGCUACAAAGGCUAUGAAGGAAACCCAUACCUCCAUGAUGGUUGCCAAGAUAUUAAUGAGUGCCUGCAAGUUCCAAAUCCUUGCAAUGCUACAGCAACAUGCACCAACGCUGACGGGAGUUUCACAUGUGUUUGUCCCAACGGUUACGUAGGCGAUGGAAUGAUGAACGGAACAGGUUGCAGUCCUAAAGCCAGUGGCCAGGCCAAGAUCAUCAUUGCAAAAGUUGGUGUUAGCACCAGCCUCGGUGUCUUAUUUCUUAUUUUCGGUGGAUGGUGGUCAUACAAAGUGAUAAAGAAAAGGAUGAGGAUUAAGCGCAAGGAGAAGUUCUUCAAACGAAAUGGUGGACUACUGCUACAACAACAACUAUUUACAAACAUGAACAAAGUAAAUGUUGAGAAUACCAAAUUGUUUAAUUCAAAGGAAUUGGAGAAGGCCACUAAUCAUUUUAGUGCAGAUAGAAUAAUUGGACAUGGUGGACAAGGCACCGUUUACAAAGGUAUGUUGGCUGAUGGAAGAAUUGUUGCAAUAAAAAAGUCCAACAUAAUAGAUGAAGAGAAACUUCAGGAAUUCGUAAAUGAAGUUGUGAUUCUUUCACAAAUUAAUCACAGGAAUGUGGUUAAGAUGCUUGGCUGUUGUUUGGAGACAGAAGUUCCGCUUCUGGUUUAUGAAUUCAUUUCUAAUGGAACUCUCGCCCAAUAUCUCAAUGGCCAAAAUGAGGAGGUUCCACCAACAUGGGAUAUGCGUUUACGCAUUGCUAUAGAAGUUGCGGGGGCUAUUUUCUACUUGCAUUCAGCAGCUUCUUCACCCAUUUACCAUCGUGAUAUUAAGUCUACAAACAUCCUCUUAGAUGAGAAGUAUAGAGCGAAAGUAGCAGAUUUCGGAAUUUCAAGAUCUGUUGCUAUCGAUCAAACUCAUCUAACCACGUUAGUACAUGGAACUUUUGGAUAUGUAGACCCUGAGUAUUUUCGAUCAAGCCAGUUUACAGAUAAAAGUGACGUUUAUAGUUUUGGUGUUGUUCUUGCUGAGCUCUUGACCAGAGAAAAAGCUAUUUUAUCAUCAAGAACUAGAGAUACCAAAAGUUUAGCUGCAUUUUUUGUUAGUUCGAUGGAAGGGAACAAUUUGUUUGACAUACUUGAUAAUCAAGUUUUGAAGGAAGCGGAAAAAGAAAAAAUCAUUGCGGUUGCAAACCUUGCGAAAAGAUGCUUGAACUUGAAUGGAAAGGAACGACCUUCAAUGAGAGAAGUUGCAAUGGAAUUGGAGGCCAACCAAAUCUCGCCAAAAGUUUCUAACCCGCAAGGGGAAUACAGAGAGAUUGAAGAUAUCAAAACUGAAAUAUCCAAGCAAUAUGACGUUUCUAUAUCAACAUCAUGUAUGGAUAGUAUACUCGCGACCUCAUCUUCAGAUUCACAGCCAUUAAUAUUAUCUUCUUAAUCAUCAGGUGAGGUUACACCUUGAUUUAUGUUGUAUUGUUUGUUCAAUUUCAUCUUGUAAGACCCUAAUUUGCACUUCUCAUUGUUUCACAAAGAUACUCUUAUAUAUGGUAGUAUGUAGCAUAAACAUCUACUUUUC